AUGGUCUCGGCACUCCUCGCUGCCGCCGUGCUGUUCGGCGCGGCGGUCGAGGCCAUUCAGUACGAGGCCGCCCCUGCCACCUUCCUGCCAGACAUCCCAGGCGAUGCCAUGUCCCCUAAGCCGACAUCUCCGCCCGAGCUGCGCCGCAACAACCUGUUCCGUCGCGCGUCCUCUGAGACAACGGUUUACUACGCCCCCGACAACACUUGUGGUUUCCUCUCCGGCAAGAAAGAUGACGCCUACACUUGUAACGACGUGAGUGCCCAGUGUGCUAUCAUCACACUCAGCAAGAGCGGUUAUAUUGGCUGCUGUGACGAUGGCGAUUGCGGCGGUUUCCACCUGGGCUGCGUCGACAGCUCCGCGUUUUUCUCCUCGAGUGCCUGCGGCUCCAGCUGCCAGUCCGACACCUUCACACUCAAGUGUACCAGCUCCGAUGCGCCGUUUUGUAACUCGGUCAGCAUCAACGGCGGCGCCUCGCUCAAGGUCUACGGCUACUUCUGUAACGAUGCGGCCGUCUCCACCAUGCAGCCCAUUCUCACUACUUACGCAGGCGAGACCGACGGCCGCUCGUUCUCUGCUUCGCUGCUUGGUGCCAGCACCACCCUCGACAGCACAGCUGGCGACACCGAGACGUUUGGUGCUCACCCUACCAGCAGCAGCAAGUCCUCCAACUCGGCUUCCCACCCAACAACCAGCGGCGGUGGGAGCUCUGGCGGCGCCUCCUCGUCGCCGUCGCCCAGUCCCGCCCCUAAGAAGAGCACCAACACCGGUGCCAUUGCUGGUGGUGUUGUCGGUGGCGUUGCCGGUCUGGCCUUGAUUGCGGCGGCUAUCUUCUUCGUCCUCCGCACCCAGCGCAAGAACAACGGCUUGCAGAGUGGCCCCGCCGGCCCUGGUGCCGCCGCCGCGGGUGCUCCUGCCCCUGGUGUUGGUCCCGAUGGUGCUCCCCUGGCUGGUGCUGCCGUCGCCGGCUCGCCUGGCAUGUCUCAGGUCAACACCCCGCCUCCUAACCAGUACUAUGCCGCCGACCCAACCAAGGGCGCCGAGUACGCGUACGCCGGCCAAGGCAGCCCGCAACCGGGCCAGCCUCCCUACUUCCAGGGCCAGGGCCAGCCGUUCGUGCCACAGCAGCCAUACUACGCUGCUGCCGCUGUUGCGCCCUCUCCCGACCGGACCGACUCGACCUCCCCCCUGGCUGUUGGCUCCUCUGUGCAGGACUACCGCAUGAGCAGCGUCAGCGCUGCCGGCAGCAGUCCAUACACGGGCGCCAUUAGCCCACAGACCACGGGCAACACGGCCGUUGGUGGCCUCGCUCCCGGUGGCCAAGCGCAGGUGCCGGCGACGAUCCACGAGGCCGGCGGCAAUGCUGUCGGUGGUGCGCAAGACUUUAACGCCAACCACCACGGCGAGAUGCACGAGCUUGCAUAG